AGAAUGAGAGCUGGGGCAUCGGGAACUGGGUUGAACCUCGUGCAAUAAUUGUAGUACGCUCUUGUCUUAUCAGCUGUCAAACGAGAUACAACAAAAUCCCACCGUAAACAGAUCAGCUUCCAUUUGCUUACCAAACUCUAGGAAAUGAUGAAGGCCUCCUUCAAAGCUAGAUAUGAGCCGGACAAAGCGGCCGCCGCCGCUACCGUAUCCGUCAAUGCCGGAGACCUCAAAUUUCGCGCCUCCAUCACCGAUGCUACUGUCGUCAACGGCCCCAGCUUGAAUGGUUUGUCUUUAGCCGUCGAAAGACCCGGCUUCUUCGUCGUUGACUACAACGUCCCCAAGAAAGAUUUUAGGUUUCAAUUCAUGAAUACUGUUAGGGUGGCAGAGAAGUCAUUGAACUUGAGUUACACUCAUUUGAAAGGUGAUGCUAGGACAAUAUUGGAUGGGACGUUGGUGAUUGACUCGGCAAAUAAGGUUUCUGUGAAUCAUGUGCUCGACACUGGGAACACGAAGUUGAAGUAUUCUUAUUUACACGGAGGGUUGACAACGUUCGAGCCCAGCUAUGACUUGGCGAAGAAUACAUGGGAUUUUGCUGUUUCACGCAGGGUGUAUGGGGAUGAUGUGUUCAGGGCUACUUACCAGACAUCUAGCAAGAAUUUGGGGCUUGAGUGGUCGCGGAGUUCGAAGCUGAAUGGGUCGUUUAAGAUUUUAGCAUCCGUCAAUCUGGCAGACGAGCAAAAAAUGCCAAAAUUAUGUGCUGAAACAACCUGGGACUUUGAAAUGUGAUCUUCUUUCUUCAACGGCUGCAGUUGUUUCAAUCUGGUCAAAAAUCUUGUAUUCGAAAGAGUAUACUUUUAGUGUUGAUACUUAUACUGUUUGAUUUUGCAAUGAGCUAGCUGACAAUAUAUUGCUGACUUUUAGCCAUUGCAAUCUGUUGAAUUUAUCAUCAUCUCAUAUGCCAUUCAUAAAUUUCCUCUUACAA